CAGCCCCCGCGGGGUCCAUCAGGCGCUCAGCUGGCCAGCCCCCCGCAGGAUCCGUCAGGCCCUCGACCGGGCAGCCCCCGCGGGGUCCGUCAGGCGCUCAGCUGGGCAGCCCCCGCGGGGUCCGUCAGGCCCUCAACCGGGCAGCCUCUACGGGGUCCGUCAGGCGCUCAGCCGGGCAGCCCCCGCGGGGUCCUCGCGCGGUUGCGUAGCAGCUGUAAGGACGCGGGCCGGGCGGGAAGCGGUGCGGAGCGUGGCGCCGAGAAGAGAAAGAAGCUUGACUGAGGGACCUCUCACUUAACAACAGCCUCCUCUUGACCUCCCCAGCCUGUGACAAGAACCAUCCCUCAACUUCUCCCCUGGACUGAGCCCCUUUCUACAACCAGGAGCCGAUGGCCGGGGAUAAAGCCAAACCCUGUGAGCUGGACCAAGAGAAAUACGACGCUGAAGACAACGUGAAGAUCAUCUGUCUGGGGGACAGUGCCGUGGGCAAGUCCAAGUAUGUGGAGAGGCCAGGACUUAUGGAGAGAUUUCUCAUGGAUGGAUUUCAGCCACAGCAGCUGUCCACAUACGCUCUGACCCUCUACAAGCACACGGCCACGGUGGAUGGCAGGACCGUCCUAGUGGAUUUUUGGGACACAGCUGGCCAGGAGCGGUUCCAGAGCAUGCACGCCUCCUACUACCAUAAGGCCCACGCCUGCAUCAUGGUGUUCGAUGUGCAGAGGAAGAUCACCUACAAGAACCUCAGCACCUGGUACACGGAACUCCGGGAGUUCAGGCCCGAGAUCCCCUGCAUCGUUGUGGCCAAUAAAAUUGAUGACAUAAAGAUGACCCAAAAAAGCUUCAAUUUUGCCAGGAAGCUCUCCCUACCCAUGUACUUUGUGUCUGCUGCUGACGGGACCAACGUUGUGAAGCUCUUCAAUGAUGCAAUCCGGUUAGCUGUCUCUUACAAACAGAACUCACAGGACUUCAUGGACGAGAUUCUGCAGGAGCUUGCGAACUUUGACUUGGAGCAGAAGGAGGAGGCCCUGCCAGACCGAGAGCAGCGCGGCAGCUCCAGAGCCCACCUCGCUCCUGAAUCGGGGGAGGAGUCACGGUCGGCAGCUCUGCCCUGAGCUGAGGAGUGUCCACACCACACCUGUGCUCUGCCGCCUGCACACCCACUGUCCAGUUCACCCCCCACUCCCUAGGCCCACUGCGCCUGAGCCUUCCUGGCCGCCCCUCCCCUGCACUCAGGGACGGGAGGCCCAGCACCAGCCAGCCCCCUCAUCGUGCAGAACAGGCCACACCGCACCCUGAAGUGGAGUUAGGAAGAAGGGACACAAACCUUCCACUGUGCUUGAGUGGGGAAGAGAAUCCAAAACCUGCUUUGCAUGUCUCUUAAAUCCCGACACAUCUAGGUGUUUGCAUUGCCCCUCCCAGAACUGACCUCAGGGCCUGGUGGAGUUUCCACCUAGGGAAUCAUCUCUCAGUCUUUCAGCAUCCCACCCCCACCCAGCAGCGCAGCGAUCCAGAGGCCUCCAUCCUUCAGAAUCACCAGCCAACGUGUUUUAAAACUGGUUUCCAGCAGACAGCCCUUCAGCCCACAGGUUUCCAGGCACCUAUGAUGCGGCUGACUCAGGGACAGCCGGUGAGACCUCAGGCACAGACUUGCUGUGAAAAUCAAGUGUUGGCAAGUGGCAGGUGCGGCCACACAGGAAGACACCGGUGGUGUCGGUGGCCAACCUCCAGGGGCGUAGCCGCCCCACAAAGCACACCCACUUGGAUUUCAGACGGCCUUCACGGAGCCUCUUGCGCCUACUUCCCUGUGAGAGGCUCUAUUUCUGAGGGCUGCAGUGAACAUGGAGCCUCCUGGAGCGGACAGGGCCGCGGGGUGGCCGUCCGCACUGUCUCCUCUCCCUCGUGGUUUGCUACUGUGUUCUCAUGGUCAUCUUGUGCUUUAUUUCCGUUAUUUUUAUUUAAUACUUUGUAUUUUUGUAUAAUAAAGGCUGAAUUACAUAA